AUGAGGCCAGUAAGCAUUGCAGCCGGGACGGAGCGAGCACCAGAUAAGAGUGCCCACACCCAGUGUGUGUGUGUAGGCCGCAAUGGCGGCCGGCCGGAAAGGCCGCAACGGCAGUUGUGCGUGGCGAGGGGCUCGAGUCCCCCCGCCGCCUCCCCCCUUGACCGGAAAGAGCCGGCCGGAAAGGCUGCGGCGGCGGCUGUGCGCGGCCGGGAGCGCGAGGCUCCCCGGGCGCCUCCCCGCAUUGCUGGAUGGAGCCGGCCGGGAAGGCCGCGGCGGCGGCCGUGCGCGGCGGGAGGCGCGAGGCCCCCCCCGCCUCCCCCUUUGACUUGCGGGGCCGGCCAGAAAAGCCACAACAGCGGCUGUGCGCGGCCGGAGGCGCGAGGCCCCCGGCCGCCUCCCCACCCCGCCGGCGAACCGGCAGAAGAGGCCGCGGAGGCGGCUGCGUGCGGCCGGAGGCGCGAGGCCCCCGGCCGCCUCCCCACCUUGCCGGCAGGAGCCGGCAUGAAGGCGCAAGGCCCAAGCCCGCCUCCUCACGUUGCCGGCAGGAGCCGGAGGAAGGCCGCGGAGGCGGCUUUGCCUGGCAGGGGGCACGAGGCCUGUCCCGUCGGCCCCCUCCCCCCGGCCUGA